AUGACAGAUACCUCCUCCCUCGCCAUCACGCACGCCACUACGGAUCCGUAUCCGGCUCCCCCUCCCCUCGGUUCUCCCGUCAAUGGUGCCAUUUCUGACUCGGGUGCGCCCGAUGAAGAAGAGCCCUACACCAUUAAAUGUAUCUGUCAGUUCGAUGAAGAUGAUGGCAGCACAGUCUUCUGCGAGCGCUGUGAGACAUGGCAACACAUUGUCUGUUAUUACCCGGACAAGCGGGUUCCAGAUGUGCACAACUGCGUCGACUGCGAGCCUCGCCUGCUAGACAACCGUCGCGCUGCUGACCGACAACGCCAACGACGGAUACGAGAACAGAGCGAGGAGACCGGAGACCGAAGAAAACGAUCCAGUGCGAAAGCGACAAGAAAGAAACCCAAAGAAGGCGGCGAUGUGAAUGGAUUGGGCCAUCAACGUACGCACUUGCUGGGGCCCCCCAAUAUCCCUAUGGAGUCCCGUAAACGACGUUCCUCUACUUCGGUUGCGACGAGCCCUACAAAAUCCGCUGGGCCCUUUAUUCCCCUUUACUCCAACGAAUUCUUACAGCUUUACGACCGAGACGAUGAACACAAGGACAUGGAUAGUAAUCUAUUUGUCAACGUGAAUCUGGUGGGGGAGUCGGCCUCCUGGGUCAAGAAUCCAGAUGCUUUGGCCCAAGUAACCAAUGGGCGUCGCACAGCUGCAGACACUUUCAUCUGGUCCGAUGCUGCUCUGGAUCGCUCUUACUGGCCUUCCCUCCAAACUGAAACUAUCACAGACUCCGACAUUGAGAUCAAUGGUCGUAAUCCUACUUGGAAAAUCGUGAAAACCCAAGAUGCAGUUCAGAAGGAUGCGAUCAUUGGAGAAUUGACCGGCAAGGUGGGCAUAUUCGACGACUAUUGUCUUGAUUCCAACAACCGAUGGUCCGAAUUGCGCCACCCGGAACCUUUUGUCUUCUUUAAUUCUCAGCUCCCCCUUUACAUCGAUAGCCGACACGAAGGGAGUAUGUUGCGCUACACUCGCCGAUCGUGCCGUCCAAACGUCACUAUGAAAAUCUUUAUCACCAAUGAUGUGGAAUACCAUUUUUGCUUUGUUGCGAAAGAAAGCAUCCCUGCUGGCUCAGAAAUCACUAUCAUGUGGUAUUUGGAUGCUCAAGUCUUGUCUGGUUCGUCAAAUGGCGUGGUUCAGCAGGAAUCCAGUGACAAUGCGAAUGAUGCCGCCUCAGUAUGUAUCAGCAACACUCUCGCAAACUUCGGUGGCUGUGCGUGUGAGAAUCCUCAAACUUGUCUGCUUGCUAUCAUUGAUCGGCGACGACAUCCCCGACUUGCAGAUACUAUCACGAAGCAGGCCAAUGGUAAGCGCAAGAAGGUUAAAACUAGCAAGACUGGCACAUCUCAGGAUACAACCCGGGCCUCUACCAGCCGCGCUGGAAGUGAGACUACGAAGCAUCCUGACGAUGACGAUGUUCCUGGAGAUAGUCGAUCUACCUCCGGUUCUGUUCGUGGCCAACCCCUGAGCCGCGACAUGAGCCCGACUGUCUCCAAUCCGGGCACUACCGGACUUGAAUUAUCGACUCGCGAGCGUCGAAAGAUUGCCGAUGCUGAGAAACAAUUUCAGCAAUUGGAAAACGACCAAAAGACCACAAAGAAAAAGAAACGCACCAGUGGUCCGUCCGUAACAUCUGCGCAAUCUCCUGCUGCUGUUGCCAGCUCAUCGUCGACUCAAGCUGGAGGAUCGUAUUUCGGAUCUCAGCGAGGGUCUACCAAGACCCUUCGUAUUGAUACUGCGGCCAGCCAAUCUCACUCGCCUACAUCCGCCCUGUCGCCAGGCUCUUUUCCAACUGGUCCACAAGCCACGUCUCGCAAGACAUCUGGAUCCAAUACCCCUUUCACUCGUUCCCCAAUGCCGCGCCGCACUUACGUGGAUAUGGCUGUGCAAGUCGACAUGGAUGCAGAGGAAGAGGCAGCAGAAGAAGCAAGACGUGCUGCGUUUCCUCGUCCACGAAUCGACUAUGUUCCUCUACCAAUACGACUCCUCCGACGAUAUGCUGAUGAUCGCCGACGGGCUGAGGACGCCGCCCGACAACAAUUAUCGUCAGCUGGUUCUGAUAGUAUCGCUCCGUUUGAUUUUUCGUCUCCCUUGACUCAGUCCCCAAUAACCGCCUGGCGGGACAAGCAAGAUGCCACGAUGGUGGAUGCGCAUAGUCCCCGGUCUAUUUCUUUCGCUCCUAAUGUUGCUGGCGAUGUGGAAAUGCGAGAAGUCCCAGAGAGCAGCUCUGUAGCAGCUCUCAACGACACCAACCAGGAUCGUGACCGAGAUAUGAGCAAGCCUCUUAUGGCGCCGCCGUGGCCCUCUACCCUUGCCCAUAAUACUCGGCUUCCAGGGACCCCCACUCCCUUUGGUUGCGCAAACCUUCGUGUUGACAUGCCUCCUCCGGGUAAUCCCAUCAUACCUCCCUCCGCUAUCAGUCCCGGAUCUGCAUCUACCGCGAGUCUUACUUCCCCUUCUAAUGUGGAUGCCUCAUCACAUUCCAUUCAGAUGGGUGGUGCGCCUACACCGACACCAGCCAAGAAGAAACUCAGUCUUGGUGACUACCUGAGCCGCCGAGGUACUCUGACAACUCCAACUACGGAGAAAUCUCAGGCACAGGCCACCAAUUCCUCUUCAUCUCAGCAGACCUCUAUCACACCAGGAUUGGGCCUUGCAGCGAGCAUAGGCGAGACUAUGACCCCCACCAAGACAGAGCCCUUGGAACCCCAUGAUGUCGCGAUGAAGGAUGCUUCCGAUUCAAACCAACCCCACGUCCCCUCAAUCUCCUCGUGA